GACGCACUCUGGCGGAAUUAAUUGAAGUCAAUGGGGCGCAGCUGCGCUUCAACCGUCGGCCGUCGGUUUUACUCAUUUUAUUGAUAUUAUUUUACACAUAAACAUAAAUAAUCCGAAGCGUAAUUGAGCAGACAUCAAACGCGCACCGUUUUGUCCUGAUCUGUGAUGAAAUGUCGCAGCUGGGGUCGGCUGUGCCCUCAUCAAACUUACCCGAGGGCCUCCCGGCGUCCAGUUUGGCCCUCCUGAUCCUGGUGCUCAUUCCCUGCGUCCUCCUGCUGCUGCUCCUCAACUGUCUGUUCGUGGGAUACAAGCUGAUCCGCAUGACCCAGAGGAAGAGGGACCGCUGCGGCGAGGAGAUGUCGCUCGCGCACUCGUCGUUUUCCGGGCGCCAGAGAGUCACCCGCUUCUCCCGCGAGCCUCUGUUCGGCCCGAACCGAAAGACCAACUACGUGUCGGUGUCGGAGCCGAUGCUGGCGCCUCCCAUCACCUCGUCCCUGACCUCCUCGGCGGAGAGAAGGGCCACCGGGCAGCGCGCAGGGUACACCGGGUCCGACUGGAGGACGAGCGCCCCGGUUCUGCUGCGGUCCAGCGACUCGGACACGGAGAGAGCCAACACGGUGCCACCGAACUCACCAGCGGUGCGUGCGACUCCCAGUGGGUUUUCGAUGCGGAUGACUUGCAUGCGUAGAAGCAGCACCAUGGAGCUGGAGAACGCUCCUCUGGAUAAGAUCCACGUCGAAUGCGAGUCUGCCAGCAUCAUCCGGCCGGAGAACUCGUGUUACGUGGCGUCGUCGAGCCCCUCGGCUCGGGGUUCAGGCCUGGACAGUGACUUCGGAGCCAGCGCAGGUGUAUCUCUGCGCAUCCUUUCCGUGGACAGCGACGGCUUCUCGGCCUCGGCCUGGGCGUCCGCUCUGGAAUGGGAUUAUUACGACCCAAGCUACGUCACUCAGAACCACAUCCCGAAGCACAGACCUCACGCACCACCCAUCACCACCAAACAGUACUGGGUCUAGAGCCCGGAGAACUCCAGAACAAGACUCGAUUCAGCCGUUCUCGCUCUAGAACUUCAGUUGAGCCGAGUCUAGUGCACUUCAACAUGUUCCCUUGCUGUUUUAACUGCAACACAUCACGUUAUCAAAUCACUCUCACGAUUAAAAAUUAACCCCUUCACGAUCACAGCUUACUUCUGCAGCGACUCCAGAACCAGGUUUGUUCAUAGAAUCACCUCACUCUUGAGCUCACUUUAACCCCUUUCACACCGCACUCGUUUCUCACGGUUUUCUUCAUUUCUGUGUUCACAUGCGGUUCUCGGAGUUACUGAGUUCUUCAGAAGAGGAUGUUUUGAGUAUUUCACUUUUGACACGCUACACACUCUUGUAUUUGUAAAGAAAAAAAAAAGCACUUAGUGCUUGAAUAAUAAAGUUUUAAACUACAGGGUCUCCUUUUUUUGCUGUGAACAUCUCAUGCAGUUAC